AUGCUACGCAAGUCGCCGCGCCUACUGCAGCUUGCUGUGGACGAUUUUGAAGGUCUCACAGACUGCGCAUCAAUUUCCCGACUGGCCUUUGUUUUGCCUUGUGCGAGGCAGAGCUUUCUGGAGCAAGAGACGGGGUCUAAAAGUGGCAAUCAACAAAUGAAUGACACAAACUUGUGUAAGCGACAGGAAGAAGCCCGUGGAGGUUGUGCCGACUGGACUGAAGGGGAGAACGUGCGAAGUACGCAAACUGGUUAUUGACUACUGAGAAAUGUAUUGUUGCAAUUAUUGUAGGCCUAAAUAAUCCUUGAGAUCUCAGUUAUUCCGAACAACGCGCACUGUCACGGUUAGGGAAUACACUUUGAUCAGGUCUUUCGAGCUUCUUUGGGUGAAAACGUGUACUACAACUCAAUGACAAAUUGUGAGAGCACUUUGAGACUAGAAGAUGCAAUAAACAGAAAGGGCAUAGGAUUUUUAAUUUGAUUAUUUAUUAAGCCUCUGGAAAUUAACGAGUCAAUGGACGGUAGAGUUGUGGGAACGGGACUUGUGAGGUCCGGCCAUUGUUUUUGCAAAUGCCUGAGGUAACAACGCGCACUGGCGCAUAAAAAUGAACAGGAAUAUGCAGUGCAGAAUGCGAAUGCUAUCAUUCCCUUUUAGAUAUGUCCUGCUCUUCUAUCAAAAGGCCUGUGACUUUUGCUUCGUUUUCUUGACCCGGUGUCGAGUUAAGCGUAUCAUCCAACACUAGCAAGAUAGGCGUGGGAAGUGAGGUCAAAAAGUAAUAAGUCGUUUGCCCAGAGCGAGGAUUCUGCUUCAGUCAAGAGUACGGAUUGGCCGUGGUUGGGAAGUGCUGCGCAUACUUACGGUGACUCCGUUUUAUGGAUUCUUGUCCUUCAGUAUUUUUGCACUGAUAAUUAGGCCUUUUUCGUGGUAAUAUGGUUAAAAAUGUCAAUUUUUAAUCAAGCACCGACUUUUUCACUAAUCGUUUUGUUUUAUCCACUAACACACUUAGGGAAUUAUCCAAAUUUUGUAAUUGAAAACAUCAUUGAGUCAUCAUUGACAAUAGCGCAAAAUAUUUUGCAAUGGUAACGGUUAUUUCAUGCCUUACCCGAUCAACCGAUGUCAAUGAAGGCCGCUUGAAGUCUCCAGUAGUUUUUUGAACCCGUCAGACGUCCGUAAAUACUAAAUUCCGACGAAACCAGCGUACUUAAAUCUUCCAAGUGCGAUUGAUUAAUGAGCGUUUGCUAAAACCAUAAUGUGCAAUUGGUGGCAAUGUUUGAUGCCAAUCUUAGGUGUCAGGCGAAUCUUCAGACAGCCCUUUUUCCUUUAGGCUUACUGGAGUAGUAACAUGCUAAGCUGUGCAAUAUUAAACACUGGAAAAUGCGGUUUUUGAAUUUUGCUCUGAAUAUUUAAAAAACGAGUUAUCAAGUCCUUCGGGACAAUAAUUUAUUUGCUUUUGAAGUUAAGACAGAAGGAAUGUGAAGCCCCUGGAAAACAGGUAGUCUCCCGACCUCAAACCUAGAAUCAACCAUUUUCCUAAUUCUUACCUUAACUAUAACCUUAACCAAACCCUAAUCGCAACCUUAACUUUUAUCUCCCUGGAGGUUAGUGCAGAGGCAGCAGUGUUACCCAAAAGAAGUCCCUUUUCCUGUUUCAUGUCUCAUGUGAAUUCUCCACUCGAGGCUGUCAUAACCAUUCUGAAGUAUACCAAGUUUACUUUCAGUCCUUCUUCUGAAAGAAACCCAUGUUUCUACUGGGAGACACGUUUUGCAGUCAGCAUGUUCACUCUAAAAGAAAGAUGUUUUCCAAACUCGCAAAGAUAAUUUGGAGGACAUUUUCUAUGCUGUGUGCUGCACUAAUGUGCUAUUAUAACAGUAAGCCGCGAAAACAUUCACUCUUUUCACAUUCGCACGUUAUGCAUGAGAGGUCUAAUUGGCGAUAAUCUGUUUUGGUAAUUCGCCAUAAGAUCACUACAAUUAGGUGAAGAAUGAGCUUGUGAUUGGUGUGCUGGCAGCCAGCAGAUUACUCGAAACGCCUACGCAAAAAGCGUACUGACAUCGACCCAGGAAGUAGCUAUUCGACUAUUGGGCCCAGCUCUUUGUUCUCUGAUGAAGUUGGUGUAAGCGCUCUACCUUCCGUGGCCAAUGCCGAGCCCAGGAAAUGCUCUCACGACGCUCCAAACUCCGAAUGACGGUCAUCCUUGUUUAAUACAGAGGUCGCUCACAUCCUACCUCCAUCCCACCCCAGUCCCACUCACCUCGACACGCCGACCGGCACACUAAUUCGGUUGCUUUUAAAUUAUCCAGCUCCAACCGGCACCCACCCUGAAUUCCAUCCAGCUUCCUCCUGCUCCUGCAUAACGUUCUCGAUGGCACAGCGCCCGUUCACCUAAUUUGCAUCCAGGAAAAUGCUUGGUCAUUUAGUUUCAGUAAUGCUUUGAAGUUUGUUGCAUAGGAGAUGGGGGGGGGGUCUUUUCUCUAUCCAACGAUUUCUAACUCACCAAUAGCUGGCGGUGAGUAUUUGGACUAGUGGUCUGCAGACAAAUGCCAUAAAAGUAAUUUAGCAUUAUAAUUUUCGCCAAGUAUAUCGCCUAGACCCACAGGACUACACCAUUUCGCCGUUCAUAUAGGCUAUACAAAGUCGAUAGGCUGUGUGUUCCGCGCUAAUCAACAGUCACAAACAGGAAGUCUAGAAACACUCAGUCUUUGAAACGUACAUAAGAUGGAGUUGUGUCUGGGAUGGUGUUUGCCAUUUCAUUUUCAGAUAACUCAGCAGAGGUGUCUUUAACGGUCUGCUGGAGGUGCGAAUUAACAAAUUACUUGUUAUAAUACGCAAAUGAGAAUUUUAUUUUCCAUUGAGGCUGCGUUUACCUGAGUCCAAAGAGCCGAGCGGUAUCCAUAAAGACUACAUCGCCUAAAUUGAACGUGUUCAACUGUGUAUCAGUUGUUGCCGGUUAAGGUGACGGUCCACGCGUGUCAAAAAGCACCUUUCGUUUGCCCGCAUAAGAACCGAACUCAUAAUAAGGACCGCUAGUUUGAUCGGUAUAGGUACUGUGUGCGUUACUGUUCCACUUUGCAGGUUACUUUCGAAAAGGAAGUAGAAAAAACUUUGAAAAACAAAAGUCAGCUCCUUCAUUGAGGUAAAUAAGAAGGGACAGUGCAGAGCUUGGCUUUCAGAGACAGCGCAUAUUGGAUAUCGGUAGUAACAAUUGGAGGUCGUAUCACCAGAAGAAUAAGUCCAUUAACACACAGCCCAAUGAAUAUCAACGGCAGCUAAUACUUCUUUCAUGCCAUCAACUAUUGUAAAUAAGAUCUUAGAAUAGACUAUGAAAAAGUGUAAGCCUUACCUAAUAAGAUAUCAUUAUUACAGACAGGUUACAGUUGAGACUCCUGUGAUGUAUUAUCUCGCGACUAAAUGCUAGAUGUAAAAAUUCUAAUUGUUUCAAAACCCGAAUUUACGUAGUACAGAAAAGUCACUUUUAUGAAUCCACGUUAUUAAGGGCUAUUCACUUCCGUAAAUAGAGCCCGUCAUGCACUAUCUGUUUAAACAGAGUGCUCAGGAAGUUUGCCAUCGUAUUAUGGCAAUUACCUAGACGACUGUGUUGACUGAAGUGCCGGUACUCUUGCCCAAUGGAGAUCAGCUUCAGAUAACGUUUUUUGACUGCAGUUACUUUCAAAAAAGCCCACUGAGAAAUAUUCCCUCUAAUGACUUUAUGUUCAUACUUUGUUUCACGGAUAACAUUUACAAAAUAAAGCCGGAAUUCCGGUAGGCAGGAAGUAUAUGGAACGGAUAUUCGGUGGUGCUGAUUGCUUGUUCUAAUUAAGUGAGCUGCGCUUCUGUUUGCACCCAGGUUGUAGCUGCCUCGUGCGGAAUGUCAAGCAGAUGUUGAAGGAAGUUGAAGUUACAAAAUAGUCCCAGCAUUUAGAACAUUCUAGGUCCUCUGUUGAGAGUUCAUUUUAGCUGGAAAUUCAAGCCCAUGCUGUGACAAUUUCUAACCCGCUUAACUUAUGUUCUUUUGAAAUGCACAAUAAAGGAUUUCCACGUUCUGUUGGAAUCUACACUUGAUAAGUAUCUCCCCGUUAAACUUUUCAGCUGCAAAAACGGUCACUGAUUGACCAAGCUACCUCGGAGUGUACUACUGUGGGCGACGGUAGGGUAAAGGACCCUAUUUGACUGUCGGUGGACUGUGCAUCAUGUUAUUUGAGGUUUGUUUUGGCACUCAUUUGUAGGCCGUGGCGGACAAUAAACUUGCGGCAGCAUUUAUUUUCCAUGACAUCAAUACAUUACUCAAAUCGCGUUGUUUUUUGUAAGUUCGCUUUUUCGCUUAUUUUUCUAAUCAAAGCCCUGAUUUCCGUUACCGAUAUUAAGAUAGUCAGAUGAAAGACGAACAGGCAUAAAGCCAUUUAUUUUUCCAUAAAAUUCAUCCACGAUAAUUCUCAUAAAACUCGCAUUUGCAAAAUGGGUGUUAACGUUUUGGGGUUUGGAAUUAUAAUCUAUGAAAGUUAAUGAAGAUUGAACUGUGUGAGUAGUAGAAGUCAAAAUCCGUUAAUUACACUCGAAGCGAAUAAAGCUCGCCCCCUACACUGUACCCACACGAUGCGGUCUCUUCUAAAGAACACAUACUAAUGCAUUAAAUGUAAGGCCGCUUCUCGUGCCUCAGCAGACAUGAACGUUAACGAAUGCCUUCCAGUUAGACCUCUGCACUUUAGGGUGUUUUUUUGCGAAUCAUUGUGCUCGACCAAUUGUAUUUUAGAGGACAAUAUGCGUCCAGUUAAUGGACACCAUACAGUCUGUAGAACAUGCAACGUGCUACUUUCCUUUCACCACUGGGGAUCCUGAGGCGACAUCUGAUCGUUUAAAAGGGAUCCAGUUCCACGACUUUUAACUCUUCGUACCCACGCAGACAAAACCUAACUCGACUUGUGCGUGGAUAUAUUUUUCAGAAUGAGAAUUCUGUACCAUCGGGGACUGUUGAAGAUAACAUUUUAAAGCCAGCCACUAGACAGCAAAGAGGUCAGUUCACAUAGAGGACAAGGAUGGACAGGUUUACGUUAUUCUAUGCACAAGGAUUUAUUGUAUCAUACUUUGCAAAACGUUAUUUGGUAACGGGAGGGUGUAGGACCCCCGUAGCCAACAUUAAAAUUCCACGUGACUGCAAAUAUCACCUCUUACUCGCAGUUCUUACUUGUUGACAUUUCCUUGACUUCCUAAAUGCAUUUAAAUUUUCGGCCGCGGCUUAUUAAAAAUAGGUUAUUUUUAGAAAAUCGCCAUCAGUCCGUUUUUUUAAAUGUCGCACUCACUUUCAUUGCUGUUCGGCAGCAUGCAAUAAGACUUUCGGUAAAAAAUUUGCUUAUGUUCUGUGGCUUUUAGCAUUCCGCCUGCUCUUUGUUCUGCGCGGUGCCCCAUCCGUAAAACCUCUAUCACCAUACAAUGUAAGAUACGGUUCACAGGCUUCCUCAAGUAAGUUGGGGCCCUACGCCCUACCGUUGCCUUUACUCAAUUUCAACCAUUUUGACGUCUUCGAAGAUUUUGGCUUUUCUACAAAAAUUGGUAUUUCUGGGCAAAGUAUUAUUACCUUUCUUAUUUCUUUUAUUUCGUCAAUUCCUUUAUAGAUGGGAUUCAUAAAUACAGACACUGAGUUCAGUCGUUUUGGAAUGAUUAACAACCACACUACAUAUGAUAAGCCGCCUAUUGUAAUUCCAGAACCGAUGACUAACGAGCUGCCAUAA